UAGCAUCUUACCCACCGCAAAUACCCUUCCUGCCCAUCCUCUACAUUCCCUGAGGCUCACUCGGCUGAAUACAUCGCUUGGCUCCGAAGGCUCUCUGCAGCUUCCAUCCUCGCGAUGCACCUCUACAAUGCCACACUCUCCCCGCCCUCUGCCAUCACCGCCUCCGUCGUUGGGCAAUUCUCCGGUACCCGGCAGCAGGAGAUCGUAGUCUGCAGAGGUGGGACACGGCUGGAGCUACUGAGACCGGACACGAGCGUUACAGGAAAGGCCAAAUCCAUCUUUGAGCAGGAUGCAUUUGGAAUUGUGAGGAGUCUGGCUUCCUUUAGGCUGACGGGAGGCUCAAAGGACUACCUCAUCAUUGGAUCUGAUUCGGGUAGGAUCACCAUCGCCGAGCUGGACAGUCGGGCGAAUGCCUUUGUCAUUGUCCAUCAAGAGACCUUCGGCAGGUCGGGCUCGCGGCGGAUCGUUCCUGGCCAGUACCUCGCCUCUGACCCGAAGGGCCGAGCGGUCAUGAUCGGCGCUAUGGAGAAGUCAAAGCUCGUAUAUAUCCUCAACCGAGAUGCAGCUGCAAAUCUCACCAUCUCGAGCCCGCUCGAAGCUCACAAGCCCAAUGCGAUCAUCCACGCCCUGGUCGGCCUGGAUGUCGGAUUCGAGAAUCCCACAUUUGCUGCGCUAGAGGUGGACUACGAGGAGGCAGAUCGAGACUCUACAGGAGAAGCUUACCAUACGACGGAGAAGCUCCUCACAUACUACGAGCUGGAUCUGGGCCUGAAUCAUGUUGUGCGGAGAUGGUCUUCACCGGUGGAUCCCCGCUCGUCGUACUUGAUUCAGGUGCCAGGGGGCUACAAUCAGAACACUGAGCGAUGGGAAGGGCCAGGAGGUGUCCUGGUCUGCUCAGAAGAUUACAUCACGUACAAGCAUAGUGUGGGAGAGGAACAUCGGGUAGCCAUUCCUCGCCGGCUUAACCCUGUGGAGAAGAAGGAAGAGCGGAGAGGGACGAUCGUAACAGCGUCAGUGUGCCACCGUAUGAAGAACAACUUCUUCUUCCUGGUGCAAAACGAAGAUGGAGACCUCUUCAAGAUUACCAUCGAUCACGAAGACGAAGACAUCAAGUCUCUGAACAUCAAGUACUUCGAUACAGUCCCUCUCGCUACGUCCCUCAAUAUCCUCAGAGCAGGUUUCCUCUUCGUAGCAGCAGAAUAUGGCGCUUCUCAUCUGUACUCCUUCCAAAAGCUGGGCGACGAUGACGACAUCCCGACUUACUCGAGUACGAGCUAUCCUGCGCUUGGCAUGACUGACACGCCGAUCGAGCCUCCUACCUUCACACCGAGAGAGCUCGAGAAUCUCCUUCUCACGGACAAUCUGUCUGCUCUAGACCCUAUUUUGGACGCUCAGGUCUUCAAUGCUACUGCCAGCGACUCGCCACAGAUCUUCACAGCAUGCGGUAGAGGACCUCGCAGCACUUUCAGGAUGCUACAGCAUGGUCUCGAGGUGCAGGAGGCAGUCAGCUCCGAUCUCCCUGGUAUUCCAAAUGCCAUAUGGACAACACGACUUCGGAGCGCAGACGAGUAUGACUCGUACAUUGUGCUCAGCUUCGUCAAUGGUACCCUCAUUCUCUCCAUUGGCGAAACCAUUGAGGAAGUGAACGAUUCUGGCUUCCUCACGUCCGCUCCUACACUGGCUGUUCAGCAGCUAGGGGCAGACGCUUUGCUGCAGGUUCAUCCCAAGGGCAUCCGUCAUAUCAUGCCAGACCGCAGAGUGGUGGAGUGGGCUGCACCGGCCAUGCCCAACGGCGAGCAGACAACCAUCGUCGCUGCUGCAACAAAUGAGCGUCAAGUCGUUGUAGCAUUGGCUCCUACUAACGAGCUGGUCUACUUUGAGCAGGACAUGGAUGGGCAGCUCAACGAGUAUCAGGAACGCAAGAGCAUGGGGUCGCGAGUGAUCACACUGUCGAUGGCUGACCCCCCUGAGGGCCGGCAACGAACGCCGUAUCUUGCUGUGGGAUGCGAAGAUUCCACGGUGAGGAUCAUCUCCCUGGACCCAGAGUCUACGUUGGCGUCUAUUUCGAUUCAAGCCCUCACAGCGCCGCCGAACAGCAUCUGCGUGGCUGAGAUGAGGGACGUGACGAUUGAUCGCAACCAUGCGACUAUGUUCGUCAACAUCGGGCUGAGGAAUGGAGUGUUACUCAGGACUGUCCUGGAUCCAAUCUCGGGGCAAUUGACAGACACACGGACGCGGUUCUUGGGCGCUAAGCCUGUGAGAUUGGUGAGAGUAAAGCUUCAAGGCGGAGAGCCGGGUGUCCUUGCCUUGGGCUCGCGGCCGUGGCUCAAUUACGCACAUCAAUCGAGGACACACUUUACACCUCUGAUCUUCGAUGCACUGGACCAUGCUUGGACAUUCAACGCCGAGAUGUGUCCAGAUGGUCUCAUCGGCAUCGUUGGGGGCAGUCUCCGCAUCUUCACCAUCCCAACGCUAGGCACCAAGCUCAAAUCGGAUAGUGUCCCACUCUCGUAUACGCCCAGGCGGAUGACGCCCCAUCCUGCCAACAAUGGCAUCUUUUAUCUAGCAGAAGCCGACCAUCGUACCCUUUCAUCGUGGGAGCAGGAAAGGCGGAUAGCAGCCAUGGCUAAAGAGCCCAAGCCGGCUCAGCGUGGAGUGCUCGACUUGGACCCGGCAGACUUUGGACCGAUUCGAGCUGAAGCGGGACAAUGGAGUAGUUGUAUCCGAGUUGUAGACGCUCUGAGUUCGACUACUGCUCACAGAAUUGAGCUGGAAAACAACGAGGCCGCCUUCAGCGUCGCAGUCAUCCCCUUUGCCAACAGUGCGCAGCAGAGCGCCGAGGAUCCUGAUCUAUACCUAGUUGUGGGCACUGCAGCCGAUACAAUCGUCACGCCGCGAACGAUCCGACAGGCUUUCCUCACCACCUACAAGAUCAUCGAUGGCGGGAAGUCUUUGCAAUUUGUUCACAAGACAGAGGUAGAGGACGUUCCUAUUGCCCUUCGCCGCUUCCAGGGACGUCUGCUGGCCGGUGUGGGGAGCACUUUACGCAUCUAUGACUUGGGCAAGAAGAAGCUCUUGCGCAAGUGCGAGAAUCGCGGCUUCCCCACCGCCAUUACCUGUCUGCACACUCAAGGGUCCCGCAUCAUCGUGGGCGACAUGCAAGAAUCUACGAUGUACGUCACUUACAAGUCGGCUGAGAACCGACUGAUCAUCUUUGCCGAUGAUAUCCAGCCUAGGUGGACCACGGCGGUGACGAUGCUGGAUUACGACACUGUUGCCGCAGGGGACAAGUUUGGCAACAUCUUCAUCAACCGUCUCGACUCGGGUGUGUCACAGACGGUCGAUGAGGACCCUACGGGACUGACUGUGCUGCACGAGAAGCCCUACCUGCAGGGAGCACCGCACAGGCUCGCGCUGCAGGCCCACUACUACCUAGGCGACAUUGUCACUGCGAUCCAUCGUGUGGCACUCGCGCCAGGGGGGAGGGAUGUGAUCCUCUACACUUGUCUGGGCGGCACGAUUGGUGUGUUGAUCCCAUUCGUGUCAAAGGAGGACAUCGAGAUGCUCUCCACCCUCGAAAUGGCCCUGCGCCAGGAGGCUAGCAUCGCCUCUGCCUCUGCCUCGGCAGCAGUAGCUGCCUCUUCCUCCCUAGUGGGCAGAGAUCAUCUUGCCUACAGGGGAUUCUAUGCGCCAGUCAAGAGCGUCAUCGAUGGAGACUUGUGCGAGACGUACGGCCUGCUCAACCACAACAGACAGGCGGCACUGGCGGAGCAAUUGGAUCGAUCUACGGCAGAGGUCAACAAGAAGCUUGAGACGCUCAGGACUGCUAGCGCCUUCUGAGGUGUUGCAUGCAGAUGAACAAACAGGAGUGACAUGGCCGGGGAAGGUGGAGCGGGAUCUGACGGGGGGGUUGGGCCGUUAGCAGAGUUGACAGCGUCGGAGGCCAAGUGCUCAGGGGAAUAGGAUGAGAGUGUACAAUAC